CAGCUUAGAAGAAACUUCCCAAUUUGCCUGUCUUCCUGGAAAAAUCCUCCUCAUGUCCUAAAAUCUUCCCAGUCAGAAGCUGGACUCAAAACAACAAAUAAGGCACUACCCUAUGUCCCUCUGCAAACAUUUACAGAUGAGGAGAUGAUGAUAAAGAGCACAGUUGAUGGGUAUUGAAAUUGACACCAAAUAUGGAGGGACAGGAGCUUCAUUUUUUUCCUCUAUCCUAGUGAUAGAGGAAUUAGCCAAAGUUGAUGCGUCUGUGGCUCUGGUAUGUGACAUCCAGAACACGGUAAUUAACAGGCUAAUUGGAAAAUACGGAACAGAAGAACAGAAGGCCAUCUAUUUGCCCAAGCUAGCUACAGAACAAAUGGGAAGUUUCUGCCUUUCAGAGGCUGGAGCAGGUAGCGAUUCAUUUGCUUUGAAGACCAAAGCUGAUAAAAAGGGAAAUUAUUAUGUCAUCAACGGGUCAAAGAUGUGGAUUAGCAAUGCCAAGGAUGCCGGGCUCUUCGUGGUGAUGGCAAAUGUAGACCUUACUCUUGGGUAUAAAGGAAUUACCUGCUUCUUGGUAGAUCGUGAUACUGAGGGCCUUCACAUAGGGAAACCAGAGAACAAAAUGGGAAUCAGAGCUACUUCUACCUGCCCAUUAACGUUUGAAAAUGUCAAGGUUCCAGAAGCCAGUAUCCUGGGACAAAUUGGACAUGGCUAUAAGUACGCCAUCGGGGGUCUUAAUGAAAGUAGAAUAGGAAUUGCUGCACAGAUGCUGGGACUGGCUCAAGGAUGUUUUGACUACACUAUUCCAUAUAUUAAAGAAAGGGAACAAUUUGGCAAAAGAAUAUUUGAUUUUCAGGGGCUCCAGCACCAAGUGGCUCACAUGGCCACCCAGCUAGAAGCUGCAAGAUUACUCACAUACAACGCUGCAAGGCUUUUAGAAGCUGGAAGGCCAUUCAUUAAAGAAUCAUCUAUGGCCAAGUACUAUGCAUCAGAGAUUGCGGGCCUAAUAACUGGCAAAUGUAUCGAGUGGAUGGGAGGAGUAGGCUACACCAAAAAUUACCCCGUGGAAAAAUACUUCCGAGAUGCGAAGAUUGGUACAAUAUAUGAAGGAACUUCAAAUAUCCAGCUGAACACCAUUGCAAAGCGCAUAGAUUCAGAAUACUGACAGCCAUGGUAGUAGGACCCCUCCCUGGUGUCACUGGUGUAAAAUUUUAAACUAUUGUGCCUUGUUGGGGG